UUUGAUAACGUAUUGAGUUUUAAAGCGUAUAGACAUGCCGUGUUAUGCAAUAGCUUUUUGGACAAUGUUUUUCAUUUACAUCGGGAAUUCUCUAUAACACAUCAGGGAUAAUAUUGUUCAUAAUAUUAUUCCUGCAACACAACAGGAAGUAUUGUCGUUUAGACUAGGAAAUUGCGCAUGCCCAUAGUGAGCGCGGUUAAAUUCAAAAACAGUAACUUGGGGACGAACUUACUAGCUAGUGCAUAAUGGAAACUCAGUUGUAAGAUUAAAAUGAACGAGGGCUUCAGUAUAACAAACUCCUAUUAAUUAUACGGCCAUUUCGUGACGUUAGCUUCUACUGCAAGCGACUAUGGAGAAUCCCGAGUUAAAAACUGAAAUGGACGAGCUGAAACAACCCACAAAGACUAAGAGGAGAAUUUCAUCGAUCUUGAAGGCACCUCGGACUCCCCUGAAAUCUAUUGCUACAGACAAUGAAGACUGUCAGGAGGAAACAGCUAAACCAACUGAAAAGAAGAGGAACUCUAGGAGAGUCAGCUUUGCUUCAACAAACGAUAUUCAUGUGUUCGUAAAAGAUUUUAAAAAUGGUUCUUCUUUUGAGAAUUUGUUGCAAGACCUUUCUGGAACAGGAGAAGAAACACUGGAUAAUACAGGCAUCCACACUGUCAAAGAUGGAGGACAGCAAAUUAUUGGCAUGGAGACCUUGCUGAAUGCCCCCCUGCAUGCUUCACAGCACCAAAAUAAGGAAAACAUCUUUGGCUAUGGAGCACAGAAUGAUUUUUGUGAUAAAACAGUGGUGUUCUCUGAAGAAGAUACUGCCUUCAUGGAUAUGACCCACUCUCACACAAUUAUUAUUGAUAAUAAAGAAGAUGGGACUGAUGCAGCUAUGUCUAGCUGUGGAAACAUUGACUUUACUUCUGCUGUGGGGGGAGCCAAGACUACUGGCUUUGACGAUUCAAGGAAGGAAGGCACAGUCUUUGAGAGUUGUUCAACAUCAGGGAAAGGUCCAAUCAAAGAAUCUGAGUUGGAGGACUUUCUUGCAAGUCUGACUCAGUCAAGUGGCUCUGGAAGAUUAUCGAGCAACAUCAAAUCUACAAGUUCAGCAACUCCUUUUACGAGAGUUCCAUCCCCUGCCCCUAAAGUAGAUGCAAAAAAUUUUCUUGCUAAGCUCCGUGCUCAUAGAUCAGUAGUUGAUCAAGAAAACCAAGUUCCAGUUGCAACAAGGAAGUCUGCACACCAAGAUGAGUCCUCACAGCAGCAAAGUCAUUGGCUUAGUGAGAGAACCAUGAUAUUGGAACAGGAAAACAUGGACUUGACAAAAACCCAUACAGCUAUAAUAGGUGAUGAUGGACUGUUUAAACGCAAAUCAUUUGCACUAUCUGGGGAGCAAGAGGAUAUGGAAAUGACAAGAAGCCAAACUGUGGUUAUCGACUCAAGAACUUGCCAUAUGGUGAAUUCAUCAAACGGCAAAGCGAGGGGUUUAUCUAUGUUGGCUCCAAACAAAACUGUCAUGUUUUCAGAAGCAGACCAUGACAUGGAUAUGACGGGUCCUUUUACAGGGUGCAUUGAGGAAACCCAGAACCCUUCCACCAAAAGGGAUGAAAGGGUUAGAUGGUUAUUUCCAGCAACAAAUACUAUUUCUCACUUGAGUCAAACUGAUAGAAUGGAAAACACACAUACCCAGAUUGAUCCCAAUGUUAUUAAUUGCUUGUGGCCAGCUUCAUCUGAUCCUGAGGAUAUGGAGAUGACGAGGAGCCAGACUGUGGUUAUUGAUUCCAAAAAUUGUCAGAUAACCCCCUCACUUGGAAAACGAAGGAGUGUGUCCUGCAUGUCAGCUCAAAACAAAACGGUCAUGUUUUCAGAAGCGGAUCGUGACAUGGAGAUGACUGAUGCUUUUACAGGGCACUUUGAUGUAAACAAGUACUCUUCCACCCAAAAAGAUGAAAGGAGUAUCUGCUUUUUUCCUGCAACAAAGACCAUUUCUCAUGCAGGUCAAACGGACUUUAUUGAAAGGACAAGUCGUCAGAUGGAUGCUAAUGACUGUAAUAACAGUCUGUGGCCCACUACACUGUCCAAUCCAGAGGAUAUGGAGAUGACGAGGAGCCAGACUGUGGUUAUUGAUUCCAAAAAUUGUCAGAUAACCCCCUCACUUGGAAAACGAAGGAGUGUGUCCUGCAUGUCAGCUCCGAACAAAACGGUCAUGUUUUCAGAAGUGGAUCAUGACAUGGAGAUGACUGAUGCUUUUACAGGGGUCUUUGAGAUAAACAAGUACUCUUCCCCCCAAAAAGAUGAAACAAGUCUCUGGUCAUUUCCUGCAACAAAUUCCAUUUCAGGUCAGAAGGACUUUUCUAAAAGGACAAGUAGCCGUAUGGAUGCUAAUGUCUGCGAUAAGAGUUUAUGGUCAGCUACACUGUCAAAUCCGGAUGAUAUGGAGAUGACAAGAAGCCAAACUGUGGUUAUUGAUUCCAAAAAUUUUCCAAUGAAAACUGCCUCUCUCAGCAAAGUGAGAAAUGCAUCCUGCGUGUCAGCUCCAAACAAAACCAUUGUGUUUUCAGAAGAAGACCAUAGCAUGGAGAUGACUGAUGUUUUUCCAGGGCAUAUUGAAGAAAACCGGAACGCUUCCACUAAAAGGAAUGAAACAACAAGCAGGUUAUUCCCAACCACAAAUGCUAAUGAUCACACAGGUGAUGCCGAUGACAUGGAUAUGACAAGAAGUCAAACUGUAGUGAUUGAUUCCAAAAACUGUCCAGUAAAUCCCUCAUUUGGCAAAGUGAGAAGUGUAUCCUACCUUUCUGUCCCAAACAAAACCAUUAUGUUUUCAAAAGUGGAUGAUGACAUGGAGAUGACCGGCGCAUUUACAGGGCAUAUUGAAGAAAACCAGAACCCUUCCACCGACAGACAUGAAACAUUUGUAGCUGGAAAUAACCAGCUAAUCACUGUUGCUCACACAGGUCAACCUGAUGGUAUGGAAAGGACAGGUAACCAAAGAGAUGUUAAUGUUUUUCAUGGCAGUUUACCCUGCCCUCAAUCAUCAAAUUCUGAUGAUAUGGAUAUGACAAGGAGCCAAACUGUAGUAAUUGAUUCCAAAAAUUUCCCAGUAAAUCCCUCUUUAGGUAAAGUAAGAAGAUUAUCUUGCCUGUCACCUCCAAACAAAACGACUGUGUUUUCUGAAGUGGGCCAUGACAUGGAGAUGACUGAUGUCUUUACAGGGAACAUUGUGGAAAACACCUGCGUUCGAACUGGUGGGAAUAAAAUGCUGGAUAGAUUAUCCACUACAAAAAAAAACUAUGAAUGCAGUGGGGUGUGGGAUUCCGCAUCUGAUCCUAAUGACAUGGAAAUGACCAGAAGCCGGACUGUUGUUAUUGACUCCAAAUAUUGUGGAACAGCAAAGGCCUCACUCAGCACUAUGAGAAAAAGCUUGUCCUGUAUAUUGCCUUCCUCUAAACCUCUCAUGUUUCCUAGAGGUUCCUGUGGGGUGCAGGUUCCCAAAGCGCUUAUAGGACUUGACAUGGAUUGUAAGAAAUUACUCACAAGUGGAUGUGGCACAGCAGCCAAGUUGUCCCCUACAACAAUCAAAGUCACAGCUUUGGAUGAGUCUGAAGCUACGGGAAGAGCACAUAGUCAAAUAGCUGCUUGUGAACCUGAUUAUAUUGAAAUCAGACGCAAGAAUGUUUCUGAGUCCAAAUAUGAGGUAAAGCAAUAUCCUUUGCCUGUUACUGAAAAGAGUAAUGUGUAUUGUGGAUCAGAUUUCAAUAUAAAACAAAUUUCAUCUGAAGAAGACAAUGGCAUUGAAAUGAUCAAAACCCCUGCUGGACAUUCUGUGAAAAGCAGCCAUACAGAUGGUGAUGAGGCAGAAAUGACAUUCCCCUCUGAUAAAGCUAAAUCCACAGAAAUAAGUAUUCAGCCGGCUUCUUCUGGUAGCGGUUCUACUUCGGAAGCUGCAUCAUCUGAAGGCGUGGAGAAUGAAAAGAACCAGAGUGUUUGUAUCAUCAGCAGAAACACGGAGAUGGUAAAUUCCUCCACUUGCAUAAUGAGAAAAGGUCCCCUGCCAGACUCAAGCAAAACCCAAUUGUUUUCUGAAACUGACGACAUGGCAGCUGAUGAAAAUACACCCGCCUCUGCUGAUGAAGUGGAAAGGCAGGUUUGCUCAUCGCCCACAACCAAUUCUGUUCCUUCCCCAUGUCUACCUAAUUGUCAAACUGUGGCUGAAGAAAAUACAGGGCAAUGUGACCAGAUUGCCUUUGAAGGCACAACCCUCAUGUCUGCUGAUUUAACAAGUCUUGAUGAAAUCAGCUGUAAUGCUCCUCUUGUGAAUUAUACUGUGAUUAGCGAUGAAGAGAUGUCCCACACAGCCAACUCCGAGAACGUAUUUACCACUGAUUCCUCUGGAAUAGGCCAUGGUGGAAAAGAAACUGAAAAACGACCUAAGUCUCGGCGGAUGACCUUGGCAGAUUUUCAGUCAAAACUUCAGAACAUUGGCCUUAUGAUAAAUGAAAAGUCUGACCUCGAGAGAGGUUGUCACACAGUCCCCAUACCUCGGUUGACAACCCCUUCAUCACCUGAGGCUAGAGAAGCAACUUGCGUACAAAAAGUACACUCUGGCAUUGAUGACUACAGUAGCGGUGCAAACUUAUGCAUGAAGCCAGAUCAUUCAAAAUUGGACAGACAAACCAACAGGACAGAAACUUUUAAACUUUUGAACAUCAAGCCUUGGACAACCCAGCUGUUUGUUGGUGGUGUUCUGCCAAAGCUGCCCCGGAGGAGCAUGCCACUCAACCUGAAUCGAGAGGACCCCACAGGGCACAGUGACAUCAGAAUGUUGCCAAGUAAAAGCAAAGUUGGUGUUACAGAGAAAGAUGGAGACCAUGGUGAGGUUAAGAAUAUCAUUGAAGAAACGCUGCCCGAGAUCAGCAGUGAGGAGGAUCUGUCUGAAACAGUUGAAGGCAACAUCCUCAGAGACCGUGACCAGGAGGCAAGUGUGAGUCAGGCUCUUGUAGAUGCUGAACCAAUUCAGAAUGUCACACAAGGCCAGAAGAGACCUUUCCCUGUGGACGGUCAUGAAUGUGACAUGCCGGAGGAAAGGAAGAUGAGAAGCCUUACCAUUUCCAACCAAAAUCUAGAACCGUCCACAAAUGUUGUUCAGUGGGACAGCAAUGUUGUGGAUAUUGUACGAGAGAACCCCCCUAGCUUCCUGACAAAGACUCUGGACAGCACCAACUUCAGCAGCGGUACACCAAACCAGAGAUGUGAGGGGACGUUUGAGAUGAGCAGUCACAGAACCAGUCAGUAUGACAUCCAAUUUGAUGACCCACAUGAAAUAAACUUUCAACAGAAACUGGAAGAUGGUAGCAUUACCAUGAGGGAGUUCCUGAAGCUUUUUGGCAUCGACUUUAACAUCCACAGACCUCGGCAGAGUGUUCUCCCAGAAAAUUUUGAGACCAAUUCAGCGCCUAACUCAGCAGCAGUCCUGUUGGAGAAGCACAUUAAUCGCCCCAAACAAAGGGUUUAUGAAGAGGACUGUCAAGAGCUUACAGAGAUGGUGGAGAAAUUGAAAACACGGAUGCGAGACCAAGAUAAAUCUCUUAAAACCACUAAUGAAGCACUUUGGGAAGAGGCAAAAACCUACUCUGAAGAGCAGUUACAGAGCUUUGGGACCAAGCUGAAAGAGAGAAAGGUGUACUUCCGAAAGCAAAGCAAAUCUCUCUCCCAUGAAUUGAAAAUUGGCUUGUACUCCAAACUAGUGCACACAACCCAGGUUGCACAACAGAACUUGACAGAGAAGAUUGAGGACAUGGAUGAGUUGCUGAAACAUCUUGAUGAAUGCUUGAAUGACUUGCAAGCUGACCUGUCCUCAAUGGAUUGUGCUGGGGUAGAAGAGUACAGUGCCAACUCUGAAACUAAACUCACCCUAGAACUCAAACAACAAGAGCUGGAGUCUCUCAACGUGGCUCUUGUUGACAAUGAGAGGCGGGUGUGUGAACUGGAACUGGAGAAAAACAGCUCAGCAGGCAAAGUGAGAAAGCUGCAGGACGAAACUGUGGAGCUCGAAAAGCAGAUCACUGUUCUGGAUAGACUGACUGAGUGGAGGCUGUCUGAAAAGACUGACGACAGGGCAGUCUUCACAUUCCUGUAUGACUCCAUGGGCCUGGAGGUGCUGUUUGAAAAACCUGCUGAUAAAACCAUGACUGGUGAAGAGACUGAGCAGAACGUUGCAGAUAUUACAUUUCAGCUGGAGCUGGAUGAGGAAAAUUCGCACUGUUACGCCCGUCUGGUCCACAGCCUCCUUGGCCAGUUCAUACAGAACGAGAGCAGCUGGGCCCAGAGGUACCCGACGAGUCGACACAUCCCAGCGCUCCUCCAUGAUGUGGCCCUGGUGGUGAGCCGCUGUCGCCUCCUUGGGGAGGAGAUCCACCGUCUACAGAAGUGGGGUUCUCUCAGGUUGGACAUCCUGGAAAUCGGCUGUGUGGACACUCAAGUGAGAAUUCUGUUCUCUAGCCUUAAAGCUUGUGCCAAGUUUGAGCUGACACUGGCUGUUACACCAGCCUAUCCUUUCACUGGACUCCAGUUGAUAAACUUCCAAAACUAUAUUGGAAAUACAAGGAUCGACCAAGUGGAGGAAAUCAUAGCUGCAGAAACACUUGCAAAAAACUACUUGACGAGGAUAGUGAAGAGGAUCCAUAAUGUUUUGUUGUGCUGAGAUGAGCUUUCUGUGUUUAGCCGUCCAUUCUAAUGUAAUGUUUAAAGAAAUUUUGUCAUCUAUGUGUGGAGAUUUUUCUCUUCAAAUAAUUGUUUGCUUAUUCUAUAUUGUUAAUAUUAAUUCAAUAGCAUGCUUAAUUAGAUCUUGACUUUCUAGAUAUGUACAUUUUCUAUGAUCAUUUAAUAAUAAAACACAAAGAACAACA